UAAUAAACCUUAAACUGUACUAUAUAAUGCACCAACACGUACGCUGUAUCUUUUCAGUUCAGAAACAGCAGCUGAUCACACACAAAAAGACCCAACGUUUCAGAAAUCUAAAUAUGGAUGAGGGAAUGUCAGGUUUUGGUCUCAAACCUAGCCGCAGUACUUCUACUGGUGCCGCCGGUAGUAAGUGUGGUCGGUGGAACCCUACUAAUGAACAAGUCAAAGUGUUGACUGACUUGUUUAGAUCCGGUUUAAGAACACCUAGUACUGAUCAGAUUCAAAAGAUAUCUUCCCAGUUGAGCUUUUAUGGUAAGAUUGAGAGCAAGAAUGUUUUUUACUGGUUUCAGAACCAUAAAGCUAGAGAGAGACAAAAACGUCGUCGUGUUUAUGUUGAAAAUGAUCAGAAUGAUGUUACUCAUGUUACAAAACAACAUUUGGUUGAGGUGUCGGAAUCUGGAAGGGUGAUAGAAACGUUACAGCUUUUUCCUGUGAACACUCUUGCCUUCUCUGACCAGUCGGAGAAGACAAAAGUGUACACGAAUGAUCAUGAAUGCAAAGAGAAUACGUCGCCAUAUACAACAGUCUAUACGUGUGGGACGGAAAUGGAGAAUAAUUAUCAACAACGACAUCCGUCGUUGGAUCUACGUCUAAGUUUCAUGUGAAUCAAGAACAAAGUGAUUGUUUUAUCAUGAAUAUUAGUUCUUGAACAAACAUUAACGUUGAAUGAUAAUGUAUGUGUUUUUAAGUUGUGAUAUGUUCAUGUCGAUCCUUUGUUUACAACGAAGAACAAGCACUAGUAAGUGAUCAAGAACAUCUAUAAUCAUAUUCGUAUGUAAAAUGAUGCGACUAGUACUAAAUGCUAAUUUACUUUGUUAUGAAA